GUGCCGCGCCCGGAGAGCCGACCCCCGUGGGUGCUGGAUGCCCAAGGGAAGCAGGCUCCACCCGCCCCGCGGCAGCCGUCUCAGCAGGUCCAGUCCGCACUCCGCAGAGCAUCCUUCUGACCCAGGAACCGCACGGGACACAGCUCAUCAGGGAUCCUCACCUACUUCCAAGUCGCGGUCUCUAGGAUUCCCGCCACUCCUCUCACACCCGUCCCCCACCCUUGCCACUUUUCGGAGGCCCCCGCCCCCGCCUCCCGGCAUCUGCGGGGCAGUCGCACGCGGAGCUGCUGAGCCGGGAGGACGCCCGGCUGGAGCUGCCCUCCGCAGCCCAGCCCGCACUCCCUGCCCUUCGCUUCGUCCCGCCGCCCAGCCCGCGCCCCCGCUUCCCUCGCUCCGCGCCUCCUCGCCGACCUCCCGCGAGUCUCGAGCUCCGCCACGGCGGAGUACGGCGGGGCCGGCGCGAUGCGGCAGCUGUGCCGGGGCCGCGUGCUGGGCAUCUCGGUGGCGAUCGCGCACGGGGUCUUCUCUGGCUCCCUCAACAUCCUGCUCAAGUUCCUCAUCAGCCGCUACCAGUUCUCCUUCCUGACCCUGGUGCAGUGCCUGACCAGCUCCACCGCGGCGCUGAGCCUGGAGCUGCUGCGGCGCCUGGGGCUCAUUGCCGUGCCCCCCUUCGGCCUGAGCCUGGCUCGCUCCUUCGCGGGGGUCGCCGUGCUCUCCACGCUGCAGUCCAGCCUCACUCUCUGGUCGCUGCGCGGCCUCAGCCUGCCCAUGUACGUAGUCUUCAAGCGCUGCCUGCCCCUAGUCACCAUGCUCAUCGGUGUGCUGGUGCUCAAGAACGGUGCGCCCUCGCCCGGGGUGCUGGCGGCCGUGCUCAUCACCACCUGCGGCGCCGCCCUGGCAGGAGCUGGCGACCUGACGGGCGACCCCAUUGGGUACGUAACGGGCGUGCUGGCUGUAUUGGUGCACGCAGCCUACCUGGUGCUGAUCCAGAAAGCGAGCGCGGACACGGAACACGGGCCUCUCACCGCACAGUAUGUCAUCGCCGUCUCCGCCACCCCUCUGCUGGUCAUCUGCUCUUUCGCCAGCACCGACUCCAUCCACGCCUGGACCUUUCCAGGCUGGAAGGACCCGGCCAUGGUUUCCAUAUUCGUGGCCUGUAUCCUGAUCGGCUGUGCCAUGAACUUCACCACACUGCACUGUACCUACAUCAACUCUGCGGUGACCACCAGCUUCGUGGGCGUGGUGAAGAGCAUCGCCACUAUCACGGUGGGCAUGGUGGCGUUCAGCGACGUGGAGCCCACCUCUCUGUUCAUUGCCGGCGUUGUGGUGAACACCCUGGGCUCCAUCAUUUACUGUGUGGCCAAAUUCUUGGAGACCAGAAGACAAAGCAAUUAUGAAGAUCUGGAAUCGCAGGCAGAGGGAGAGGAGCGACAGUCAAGUGGGGACCAGUUGCCUUUCGCUAUGGAGGAGCUGCCCGCCAAGAGCGGAAAUAGCGAGCCAGAGAGUGCGGAGGGGGCAGGUGACUCCGUACAGCAAGGUGGGCAAGAGUCAAGGGGCAGCAUCAGAGGGAUCUCGCUGGUGGCUAGGAGUUCAAGAGCAGAAGGGCAUAAUGAUGAGGUGGGAAGGAGGUCCUUAAAGGACACUUACUUAGAAGUGUGGAGACUAGUUAGGGGAACUAAGUACAUGAAGAAGGAUUAUUUGAUGGAAAACGAGGCACUACCCAGUCCUUGAAAACGACAUGCAUGUAUGUACAUAUUACAUACAGCCGUUUUAUGUGGCAGAAAUAACGUCUAAAGAAGGGCCUCCAGUUUUAUUCUGAGGAGUGGGGGUUAGAGACGCAAGAGCUGAAAGGGACAGACAGAGACAAAUUAGCACCUAUUUAUUAUUUAUUAAUUAUGUAGUGGGACUUUGCCUGAGGUGCCACAGAAGGAAGAGACCUGUGUAGGUGCUUAACCAAAUCAAAAGCGAUUUCAGCUUCAGACUCCUGGACAUUCAUUUUUUUUUUUUGUCUUUAUAAUCAUAACCAAACAUCUGCAUGUACCAAGAGUCCCUCAGCCACCCCUGCCAAAGAUGGCUUGUAGUAAUGAUGGUAUCACUUAAUAAGUUCAAAGGUCACAUUCAGGGGCACAUUUCUGAUGACAGAACUAGUUUUUAUUGCCUGUUAGGCAAAGAGUAUAUUGUUGAAAUGACGUUUAUAAAUAUACACUGAAUUGUUUACUCUUCGGGUCAUCUGCAAUAUUGUGUUUACUCGUAUUUUUCUUCCUUCUUUUUUUAAAAAAUGGGUAUUCUAUUAUAUAUUGAUAGGAGAUGUUGAAGCUAUUUUGAAGACAUGUGUUCCUAGCUUUGAUUAUGAAGUCUAAAGUUUGUUCUUUGUAAUUAUAUAUCUUAAAGGCUGUUUGGGUUCCUUGCUUUAUAAUAUUUAUUAUUGAAUGCUAUAACCUUUUAAAAACCCAUUUUCCCAUGUAAUACUCUUUUGAGCAAAUGCAGUGACUGGAAUAUAUUUAGUGUUGACUGUAGAACAGCCAGACGGAAACAGACCACCUUGGUCUGCACUGCACACCCCAAACUCUGUUACAAAAAGAGCCACUGCUAUAUUCGCAUUACGAUAUUUUUCUAUCUUAUAUUUGUCAAAAAAUAAAGUGUGAGUCUAUCUGUAAAG